UAGAUAUUAAGAUUGUGGCUACAGGAGAAUGGAUAUACUAAAAGUUGCAAUUCAGUAAUAAAUAGUAAAUAUGGCUGAGGCUGAGUCUGCUGACAUAAAUCGGGAAAGACAUGGUGAAAUCCUGAGAAAGAAGUUGCAAAACAUUAUUCUUUUGGAUAUUAAGAAAAGUAACGAACGUUUAGUAAACAUUCUAUCAAGAGAUAGGAUUAAAAUUCUUAAAUCAAUUACAAACUUUCUAACGGCAAAUGACUCACAGGUUUUGUACUUCGCGAAUGAAGAACCUAACACGGAUAUGAACACAUGGAGUACACCACUUCUUUGCCUCGUGGCAGUUCAUUGCGUUCUAACACGGAAAUAUGUUUUUGAUCAUGUUGAUCGAUUGGAAGUAGUAUACAAAUUUGUUGGUGAUAGAACAUUAGCCUACCGUCUAGGAUCCAAAUGUAAAGGUAGUCUACAGAACAUGAUUGUACAUAUGACUGAAGAAUACCUUAAAGAAGAUCUUCUCAAGAUAAUCACCAGCCGACAAGAAACUCUUAUCUUGGCAUUAAAUGAUAAGAAACGUGACAUUAGAAAGCAAAUUGAAACAUACCUAUCAAACAGAGACGCAGCAUUGUUAUUUCUCUCAAAUGGAUUACCGAACACAAACCUAUACACAUGGACUAUUCCUUUGAUGUGUUUUGUAAUAGUUUGUGUUUUAAGAGUAUCAUUGGGACCUCCAUUUUCCAGGGAGAUUAACAGUAUAAUAUUCCUUGAAUUUACACAUAAAGAAAUAUGUGCAGAUCAAUUAUGGUUACAAAGCAAAUUCAACGACAGUCUUUAUGACCUGAUAUUACAUUCGGAAGCUAAACACCUGCCGGAUGCCUCCGUUGAUAAUCAUACCGGCAGGGUUUUGUACACACGGCUUAAAACAGAUUAUAAUGAGGGUAUAUACAUCGAUUGGUUAGUUAUAGAAGAAAAUCUAGAACCUCAGCCAAUUCUGGAUGAAUUCAAAGAAGAAGAAUAUAUUCCAUACGAUAAAGUCUGCGAGAUUGAGGAAUUGCCAACGACAGCAAAAAAGAACCAAGAAAUUAUUCAGAGUGUACGAGCGAAAGGCAGGCACGGAUAUGAAACUUUUAAAGCGUUCCUGACCAAAACAAACCAGCAUCUCUUAUGCAGUUAUUUAGAAAAUGCUGAGGAAGAUUUUGUUGUUGAUAUACAGAAUGAACUGAGAGAAGAAACUGAAGCACGGGAAAGAAAAGAUGCCCACAGUCGCUGUGUUCUACGGAAAGCGCAUCUAGUGCUGAUAGAAUACUUAGACACACAGGCCAUUCUUGACGCAUUCAAGGAGGAUAGGUACAUUCAUCGUGACGAUGUUUAUGGAAUUGCGAGAUUGCCAUCAACGCGUAGCAAAUGUAUACACAUGUUAGACAAAGUGAAAGCGAAAGGAAAUCAUGGAUACGAGCAGUUUAAAAAAUACUUGGAACAAACAAACCAGUCUUCGCUGCUUAUCUAUUUAGAAAGAGUCGAAAACGGAGAAGAAAUUAAAACUGAUGAUCAAAUUAUCAAAGAGAUACAGACAGAAAAGGCUACACGAGAGGAAAAUGAAUGCGUUCAACAAGGAAGGAGUGAUUUAGAAGAGGCAAUGCUGCAACACCCUGUAAUUCAGCGUUCACUAUCUGUAAUUAAAGAGCAUUUGGAGCCCCAACCAAUUCUUGACGCUUUCUUAGAAGAAGACUUUCUCACUUUCAUCACUUUUCGUGAUAUAAAGGAAUUAACGACAACAACACAGAAGAAUCAACGAAUUUUUGAAUAUGUACGAGCACACGGAACUCAGGGAUACAAAAUCUUUAAGGAAAGUCUAAUUAAAAGCAAGCAGAUUCUUCUACACACUUACUUGCAAAAGAUCGAAAAAGGUGAGGAUGCAGCAGAGCUGUUGAAUGAUCUAAGAGAAACAACAGAAGCCCGCUAUAGGAAUGAAAGGAAAGAGAAACGAAACGAAAAGAUAAGGACUGACAGAAGAGUACAUUCGGUGGAAGAAAACUUGAUAGCUGCGAUAGAUAUGGGGAAAGAAUUAAAAGGCACAGAAGACAUCGAGGAAAGAUUGAAUGUACAAGGAUCGUCAGCGCUUAGUACACGGAAGUGUUGCUAUACUAUUAAGUAUAUCAUUGAAAAGGAAACUAUCGACACUGAGUCUGAAGAAAUUAUCACGGCAGUAAACGACAUUGCCUCAAUUAUAAAUGUUACAAUAACCAAGGUUGUAAUUGAAGAAAAUAAGACUUUAGUACUUACUUUGCCAUGCUCAUCUGCAAAAGAAAUGCGAAGACUUUUGAAAAUACUUCAAGAAGAUCAAUUCAAAACACGAAUUAAGAAACUCAAAGAGGUGUUGGGAGAGGAAUAUGGAGAUACCUUUGAAGUGGAAGCUACAAUUUCUCCGGAAAAAAUCCACCAAGUGCAUGAACAUCUACGUGAACAGGGUAUCAUAGAAAAAAGAUGUGAUAAUUCGUUCUGUAUUCUGCAUAGAGAUGAAAAACCGUUGAAUGAAUUCUUUUGCCCUGAACAUGAUGUUUUCUGUUGUGAAGAAUGUGCGAAGAACACACACAGAACAUGUCCUGGAUUGAGACCUAUUACGACGGACCCAAUACUUGAAGAGGAAAGAAUUAAAAACGACCACACUUACCGAAAGUCUAAACAAGAAUAUGGGGUAAGGACGGACGAAAAAGAACUUUGCACAACGAAAAAAGUAUGUGUCCUUCCACAAAGUGAAAUACUUCUUAUUGAUAACGCAAAUAACCGGCUUAAGAAACUUGAUAUGUUUUACAAUGUAGACAGUCAUUGCGAUCUGCCUAAGCCGCCGCUUGACAUGUGUGUAGUUGACGACUUUACGAUUCUUGUGAGUUUUGGGGACACUAUUAAUUUUAUUAAUGUCAGAUAUACACCAACUCUUAAGACACAAAUUAAACCAGAAGCGACAUGUUUUUCCUUAGCAUGGCACAAUAAGAGCAUUUUUUACACGGACAAACGGUCACUUUUUAAGUGUGAUGAUUGCGGAAAAAAUCACCAACAGUUGUAUUUCUUCAGAGAGAAAAGUAUUAUCUGUCACAAGUUAGUCGCAAGUAACGAGGGAAAGAAGAUUUAUAUGGCCGCAGGGACAAAUGGUCUUGAAAAAGUAGAUAUGGAGCUCACAAAAGAGGCGAACAUUACAAAUGGGAAGCUUCAGAAUUGCACAGACAUUUGCAUUGCUAAUAACAACUAUUUGCUUGCGUGCGACUACAACUCACCAACUAUUUACCUGGUGGAACUAGAAGGCGAUUCGAUACUGAAAGCUGUUGUCGAAAGAUCUGAUGGCCUCCGUUUACCGCGAUCGUUAGAUUUUGAUCACACAGACUCUUCCAUUGUUGUUGGUCGGCUGGGGAGAGACUUUAUUUCCGUGUUUGAAAUUAAGUUCUAAAGUACUGACACUUUGUCCAUAAGAAUUUAAAGUGAACUUCGCAAUGGAGUUUGUAAAACACUAGCGCGUUCAAUGACUCUUAAAGGCAUCAUAUCCCUUCAGAUAGUGAAGAUAACUUCACUAAAGUUAAAAAAGGUGAUCUUUAAAACACUUUUUAAAUUAAAUUUGAUUUUUUUGUAAUGAAUGCAAAACCUGAAAUGACCCAAAUUAUUACACCCUUUCAAUAUCGCUAGACAAAAAACCUAACAUGUUUAUUCACCUGAGUAGUUUGUAUUGUCCGGUAUCACACACAGGACCUUUUAUAAUACAAACAACGCAUCUUAUACUGGGAUUUACUUACCUUGAAUGUUAAAAAAGAUUAAAUUUGUUAUUGGAAUUUAUGAGAACAGAGGGACUUGAGUGCACUUUGAUUAUACUAAAACUAAUUUUAUUCAAAGUGAAAUUUAAAAUGAUGACUUUGUAAAUCUAAUUCAAACAUUUUUUAAUACAGUUUGCAUUUUUAGGUAAUUCUGCAUGUAUUAUAAUUGUUUUGUUUCCACUUUCAUGAUACUGUUAGUAGUGUAUUAGAAUAUUAUAAGCAAGAAAAGCAGCACAUGUAUAAUAACUGGAAAUUGAUGAAACACCUUUCAUACUUUACAUAAUUGUGGAAGAGAUUUCAACAGACAAUUACUCUGUCACUUAAAUG